GGCUACUACGGCAACGCUCUCCAGGCCGCCUCGGCGAGAGGCCAUCAAGAGAUUGUCAAACUGCUCUUGGACAAAGGAGCGGAAGUCAACAAGCAGGGCGGCUACUACGGCAACGCUCUUCAGGCUGCCUCGGCGAGAGGCCAUCAAGAUAUUGUCAAACUGCUCUUGGACAAAGGA